AUGUUCUCGGACUUUCUUCGCCGGGUGAAAUCCUACAAGGAAAAGAUCCCGUUCGUAAAAGACCUACAAAUAAAUUUUAUCCUCCUCCACUACGCCUACAUCAUAUCCUGGGCUAUCAUAGGCUCCAUCAUCGUUUACGCCGGGGGAAAUGUCGCCUAUGUCGAUGCCCUCUUCCACGCCGCUGGCGCCGCCACCCAGAGCGGGCUGAACACCGUCGAUCUGAAUAUCCUCCGGUUAUAUCAACAAAUCGUCUUAUACCUGAUCACAUGUCUGUGCACGCCGAUCUUCAUCCACGGCGCCCUGGUGUUUAUUCGGUUAUACUGGUUCGAGAAGCGCUUCCAACAUGUGGUCCGAGACGCUCGGGCGAUGCGACGGACCCGAUCCCGCAUGGAAACGGUGACCGAUGAUGGGGACAGCGACAAUAUCAACCGUGCGGAGCAUGGGGUCAGCGGUCGGCCCAUUGUGGUGAUACGGGACGAUACAGGAGACGCCCGGGACGGCCGAAUGACGGAUCCAGCUAGCAAGAACGUUAAUUCGGGCAUCAACACGCCAGAACCCCGGGGGAGCAGUAUCGACUCCAGCUCCGAGGGAACCGACACAAGCCGCGAACCUCGUUUUGGCCUCGGUAGCUUGAAGGUUCCAACCCAUUUGAACCCCGAACACCACAUUGCCUUCUUGGAAAAGCAGCGGAAAGACAAAGGAGCUCUGCGCAUUCCGAGUCCCCGGGAGUAUGACCGUGGUGGUGCGCCAGAGGCGUUGGAAGAAGAUGCCGACCAGGAGGGUGAGCAGGCCCAGCAGUCCAAUGACCAUGACGACCAAGAGGACGAGCAGAGCCCCGUUGCACACCCCGAGGAGCUCGAUCAACUUGGUCCACUUGAAGGACCACACAUCACCAUCAACGAGCCAGAUAUUUCACGAACCCGCCCACGCGGUAAUACGUUCCCUCGUCUGGAAACUCGCCCCACUUUCCGAGAGACUAAAGAUGGGAAUGAGACUACUACUCUUGCCCCUACUAACACGAGGAACACAUUCAGGGGGAUCUUCCGAUCUCUGACACAAGAGCGUGACCUCAACACUCAACCGUAUCUCAGUUGGAAUGCUACAGUGGCUCGUAACUCGAACUUCGUUGAUCUGACCGAGGAGCAGCGUGAUGAGUUGGGCGGUAUCGAAUACCGUGCGCUGAAGACCUUGGCCGUCGUUCUUAUCACCUACUAUGUCGGAUUUCAUCUCAUCGGCCUGGUGAGCCUGGUCGGUUGGAUUAUGAGAGCGAACAAAUGGGGCGAUAUUGUCCGGGCCGAUGGAGUUGGGCGGCCGUGGUGGGGAAUCUUUACCGCUGCGUCCGCCUUCAACGACUUGGGUUUCACCUUGACACCUGACUCGAUGGUCUCCUUCCAAAGGGCUGUUUUCCCUUUGCUGAUGAUGUCGUUCUUAAUCAUCAUUGGCAAUACCGCCUUCCCAUGCAUGCUUCGUUUAAUCAUCUGGGUCCUUUCGAAAGUCACCCGCCAAGGCAGUGCGCUAUGGGAAGAGUUGAAGUUCCUUCUGGAUCAUCCCCGUCGAUGCUUCACUCUAUUGUUCCCUCGCAAUGCCACCUGGUGGCUGUUUGCGAUUCUAGUCGCAUUAAACUGCAUUGAUGUGAUCUUCUUCGUCAUCCUGGAUCUCAACGAUUCUGCCGUCACUGAACUACCACCCGCCAUUCGAAUUGUGGACGGCUUCUUCCAAGCCGCGGCGACACGGACAGCCGGUUUUGGAAUCAUCAGUCUCUCAGAACUUCACCCCGCCAUCCAAGUUUCCUAUAUGAUCAUGAUGUAUAUCUCAGUAUUUCCCAUCGCUAUCUCUAUGCGUCGAACCAACGUCUACGAAGAGAAGAGUUUGGGAAUUUACGAUGCCGCAGAGGAAGAUAACGACGAAGAAACAAAUGCCCCCACCUAUAUCGGAGCUCACUUGCGACGCCAGCUGAGUUUCGAUUUAUGGUAUGUCUUUUUGGGUCUGUUUAUCAUUACCAUAGCGGAAGGAUCAAAAUUGCAGAAAAACGACAACGCUUUCCAGGUGUUCACUGUUUUGUUUGAGGUUGUCUCGGCAUACGGUACUGUGGGUCUGUCGUUUGGAUACACAAAUGCCAACACCUCCUUCUCGGGGCAGUUCAAUGUGAUCUCCAAGUUGGUGAUCAUCGCUAUGCAAGUCCGUGGUCGCCACCGUGGCCUGCCUUAUGCGCUCGACCGCGCUGUCCUUCUCCCCUCCGAUGCCCUCAAUCGACACGAGGCCGCAGAGGGAGAGCGCCGCAUGCGCCGCCGCGCAUCCAACCUGAGUGGUGGUGGGUCUUUCGCGCCAUCGCAAUCGCGUACCUUAUCUCAGGCGAGGAACGAUGCCGGUCUGUCUUCGGGUAUGGAAUCCCGCGACUGGCAGCCCCAACCUGCUCCUAAUGGAGACUCUCUCAUACGUCGUACGUCGACUCUCCGAUCCAAUCGGUAG